CUAAGCUUUUCUUAGAGAAAUAUCUUCUAAAGAGAGAGACAAACAGAAGAAACAAAAGUGGAACAGUUCUGUUUUAAAUAGUUAUGGUGGUUCUUGUGAACACACGUUGUCGCUUUGUUCUUCUUCUGCUUGCAGCAUUCUCUUGCUUCUCCUUGAAGCUCUGUUUAGGCGAAGAUAGUAUCACUUUCUCGACUCCAAUCAAAGACUCAGACACACUUCUCAGCAAAAGUGGUGUUUUCAGGUUUGGUUUCUUCACUCCUGUAAACUCCACUGCUCGGUUACGUUAUGUUGGGAUUUGGUAUGAUAAGAUUCCAGUUCAAACCGUGGUUUGGGUUGCUAAUAAAGAUACUCCGGUUAAGGACACUUCAGGUGUUGUUUCCAUCUCUGAAGAUGGAAAUCUUGUGGUUAAGGAUGGUAGAAACCGCCUUCUUUGGUCUACAAAUGUCACUUCAACCGUUGCUUCAAACACUUUGGUUCAGCUCAUGGAUACUGGGAAUCUUAGGCUACAAGAUAGCAGAAGCAACGGCGAGACUCUUUGGGAGAGUUUCAAACAUCCUUAUAAUACUUUCUUGCCAGGAAUGAGUCUUGGAACCAACAAUAGAACCAGAGAGAAUCUGAAGCUUUCUUCUUGGAGAACCUAUGAUGAUCCUUCAACAGGGAACUAUACAGCUGGUCUUGCUCCUUUUGCAUAUCCUGAGCUUCUGAUAUGGAAGAACAAUGCUCCAAUCUGGCGUAGCGGACCGUGGAACGGUCAGCAUUUCAUGGGUUUACCGGAUGUGGAUGGGUUUAACCUUACCAAUGAUUACCAAGGAACUGCUUCAUUGUCUUAUAGUAAUGAUUCUUUCAUGUAUCACUUGGAUCCUGAUGGAGUCAUGUAUCAGAGAAGAUUGAGUACUUCUACGAGAGGUUUGAGGAUCGGUGCCAAUAUUACAUCGACAGCUUGUGAUGCAUACGGUGAAUGUGGUCCAUUUGCAAGCUGCAGUUCUCGUGAAGUCCCGCCUUGUAACUGUGUCAAAGGGUUUGUGCCAAGGAAUCAAGCAGAGUGGAAUGAUGGGAACUGGACUAAAGGAUGUGUGAGAAUAGUUCCAUUGCGUUGCAAGAGUAGUAAUGGUGGUGGUAGAGGAAAAGGAGAUGGGUUUUUGAAACUGCAGAAGAUGAAAGUACCAGUCUCUGCGGAACGGUCACUAGCUAAUGAGCAGGAUUGUCCUAAACAAUGUUUAGAGAACUGUUCUUGCACAGCUUAUGCUUAUGAUCAUGGAAUAGGUUGCAUGCUUUGGAGUGGUAGCUUAGUUGAUAUGCAAUCAUUUUUGGCAAAUGGCAUUGAUCUUUAUAUUCGGAUUGCACAUUCUGAAAAAAAACAUAGCUAUCUGGCAAUUGUGAUAGGCGCUGCGUUUGUAGCUGCUGCCUUUCUUCUUUUAGCAUGCCAGAAAUUCAAAAAACGUUCAGCACCAGAGAGCCGUAGAAGGCCAGAGCUAAUGUUUAGCAGAAUGGAAGAAGUUACAAGUGAAAACGAGUCUCCUUACAUAUUCAAGCCUAAUGAGUUUCCACUUUUUGAGUUUCAAGUGUUAGCUAAAUCAACGGAUUACUUCUCUCACAUGAACAAGCUAGGACAAGGCGGGUUUGGUCCUGUUUACAAGGGGAAGUUACCAGAAGGGCAAGAGAUUGCAGUAAAGAGGCUCUCACGUGCAUCUAGACAAGGGCUAGAGGAACUUAUGAACGAAGUGGUUGUGAUUUCGAAGUUGCAGCAUCGAAAUUUAGUAAGAGUACUUGGUUGUUGCAUUGAAGGUGAAGAAAGGUUGCUUGUCUAUGAAUACAUGCCAAACAAAAGCUUGGAUGCAUAUAUAUUUGACCCAUCUAAGCAAAAGAUUCUUGAUUGGAAGACUCGGUUCAACAUCAUGGAAGGGAUUUCCAGAGGUCUUUUGUACCUUCACAGAGAUUCAAGACUAAAGAUCAUACACAGAGAUCUAAAAGCCAGCAACAUUUUGUUAGAUGACAAUCUGAAUCCAAAGAUAUCUGAUUUUGGCCUUGCAAGAGUUUUCGAAGCGAGUGAAGAUGAAGUAGCAGAAACAAGAAGAGUUGUUGGAACAUACGGCUAUAUGUCACCUGAAUAUGCAAUGGAAGGUUACUUUUCUGAAAAAUCAGACGUUUUCAGCUUAGGGGUUAUCUUUCUUGAGAUCAUAAGUGGGAGAAGAAACUCUCACAAGGAAGAAAACAAUCACAACCUUUUAGCUUAUGCGUGGAACCUGUGGAAUGAUGGGGAGGCUGCUUCUCUAGCAAAUCCAAUAUUCUUUGAUGAGUGUUUUGAGAAAGAAAUAGCUAAAUGUGUUCACAUUGGUUUGUUGUGUGUGCAAGAACUUGCAAACGAUAGACCGAAUGUUUCAAAUGUGAUUUGGAUGCUAACUACUGAGAAUGCAAACCUCCCUGAGGCAAAGCAGCCUGCGUUUAUAGCAAGAAGAGAAGUCUCUGUGGCUGGAUCUUCUGACCGGAGUAGUCAAAUGGUCACUAUCAAUGAUGCUAGUCUCACUGCUGUAACAGGACGUUAAGCUCACAAAAUCAAUCUGUGUGUUUAUAUAUAUAUAUAUAUAUGUUUUGAGAAUCUCAUGAUUUCAAACUUUUUUAUUCUGCUUAUGUUUAAUGGUUAGGUAAAAGAUUAGGAGAUGUGUUUUAAAGAAUUUAUGUCAGCUUCACUUAUAUUGUUUUUUUCUUUUUUGGUCAAACUCC